AUGCCCCGCCUCGGAGGUCUCCAGCUCUGCUUCCUGGCGCUGCUGGCGCUGGCCCCGGCGGCGGCGGGCGCGCACCUCGGGGAGGAGCUGGCCGAGGCGGCCGCGCCCGGCGCGCCCCCGCAGCAGAUCAUGCGCUCGGAGGGCCCGCGCGCGCAGGCGCAGGGCGGCCUCGCGGACCAGGGGCUGGGGUCGGCCAGGGGCGGCGCGCGCGUGGUGCCCGGCGCGGCAGACCCUCCCCUGGACGCGGGCAUCAAGCUGUCCUACCCUUCCUACCCCUUCUUCGGCUCCGUCGUGGUCGUGGGCGAGGAGGGAGCUGCGACCAGCGCAAGCCAGCCGGUGUCCUCAGCGUACUCCAGCCAGCCGGUAUCUUCGGGGUAUUCCAGCCACUACUCCAGCCAGCCGGUAUCUUCGGGGUAUUCCAGCCACUACCCCAGCAGCCAGCCAGCGGCGUACCCGAGCCAUGCGUACACGGCGCCAGCACCAGCGCCGGUGGCGGUGUCAGCGGGAGUUAGUCGUUGA